ACGUGAUGCCGAGAGCCGACUUUGACUCCAUCCACAAGCGUUCGAGCAUCUUGAUAUACCCAGCUCUAUGCUCUUUGAUAGCUUCUCGAAUUCUCCACCAGAUUCUGGAUAGCCGACCUAGAGCAACAGGGCAACCGGGACGCGAAUCGAGCUACAUUCGAGCGGUCGUCAUCGCCCAUCUCUAGACUCUGUGCCCUGAGUCCCGUUGUCUCUCUUUUCGAUCAUCCUGGCGACCGGCUCUGUGGUAUCUUGUACGGACAGUCUACACCUAUAAUAUUCGGACGCCAUGUCGGACUCGCCGGCGGAUGCGCUGCCGCUCCUGUUCGGUUCGCUCAAGAGCAGGAACGGCGAUGUGAGAGAGCAAGCGGCAGUAGAGAUCCGGGACUUCGUGGCUUCCUACAGCGAAGACCAUCCCCAGGACGACGCACUGAAUGCCCUCUGGAACGAUCUCAACCGGCGGGUCUUCUCGCUGAUACACAGCAAUCAGAGUUUCGAGAUCCGAGGAGGUAUCACAGCAAUCGAUAGGCUCCUGGAGACCAAGAAGGAUGUGGCCCCAGAGAAGCACAUGCAGAGGGUGCUCCGGUUUUACCAUUACCUCAAACCUUUGUUGCCUUGCGCUGACGCCGAAGUCAUGGUGCAAGCUUCGAAAGUUCUUGGUCGCAUCGCCAAGAUAACGCAAGGAGAGGGCUUCUUCGAUUUUGAGGUGGAUCGCGCGCUCGAGAUGAUGCGAGGAGGGGGCCAAGAGAUCGGACGAUACGCAGCUGUUUUAAUCCUCUACCAGCUUUCGAGCAACGCACCGGCCGUUUUCAUGCGAUGUGUCGUAUCGGUGCUGGACAUGAUCUGGACCCCGCUGAAGGAUCACCGAACCGUGGUCCGAGAACGAACUUCAAUGCUGUUGGGUUCUUGCUUCGAGCUCAUCCAUUCUCGAGAAUCGCAAUUCAAGGCGCAGCAAUACAAGAAGAUUCUAGACGAAGCGGAGCGUACUCUAAACAAGCCAGCUCCAAGCCAAGAUGUCAUCCAUGGUGGUCUCCUUGCGCUCCAGAGCCUGCUGAAUCAUUCGGAAAUGUUUAUGAAAGAGUACUACAAGCAAUCAUGUGAACUGAUCUUGAAGUAUAAGGAUCACCGAGAACCGCUCAUUCGACGAACCGUCAUCACGUUGAUACCCGCUAUGGGAACGUACGAUCAGCAAGGGUUCGAGGAGGUCUUCCUGCACCGAAGCAUGGCACAUCUUCAAGGGCAGCUGUCGAAGCCCGGUGAAAGAGAUGCAGCUUUCCUGGCAAUCGGUCAUUUGGCUGUGAAUCUUGGCAGUGAGAUGAAGCCCUUUAUCGAGGAGAUCAUGAAGAACGUGAAAGACGCCUUGCGCCAACGAGGCAAGAAAAACUCGCCAGACGAGAAACCGAUCUUCCAAUGCGUCGCGAUGUUAGCAACGGCUCUCGGGCCAAAUCUCACGAGACAUAUGCACGAGGUACUGGACCUCAUGUUCCAAUGGGGCCUCACGGAACCACUGAGACAGGCACUGGUUGUGAUCGCACGCCAUAUUCCGCCAUUAUUGCGUAGCAAUCAAGACCGUCUACUGGACAUGUUGUCAAAUACUCUGACCGGCAAGCCGUAUAGACCCCUGGGCGCUCCACCACCACGAACAUCAGUAACAGCUACCAAUACGACAGAUGUGAACACCUUGGAACACAGUCCGCAAAUCAUCUCUCUGGCAUUAUAUACCCUGCAUACUUUCGAUUUCAGCGGUCACACUCUCAACGAAUUCGUCCAGCACGCCGCACUUCCGUAUCUGGAGAACGACAGUCCCGAUGUGCGACAGGCCGCAGCUAUGACAUGCUCGAAGCUCUUUGUGCGCGACCCGAUUUGCCAUCAGACCAGCACCCACUCGAUCGAGAUCAUCAGCGAUGUGCUCGACAAGCUAUUGACGGUGGCGAUCGCAGAUCCAGACUUCCGGAUUCGUACCUCGGUUCUGCGCUCGUUGGACGAGAAGUUCGAUCGCCAUUUGGCUCAGGCAGAAAAUGUCCGCUCCCUCUUCAUCGCUCUCAACGAUGAAGUAUUUCAGAACCGAGAACUCGCCAUCGGAAUCAUCGGCAGGCUUGCGGCCCACAACCCAGCCUAUGUGAUGCCAUCGCUGCGGAAAGCGUUGAUCCAGCUGAUCACCGAGUUGGAAUAUUCAACAGCAAGCAAGCAAAAAGAAGAGAGUGCCAAACUCCUUUGUUUGCUGAUCGAGGCGUCAUCUGGGGCCUCAUCAACCUUGGUCAAGCCUUAUGCCGGACCGCUGCUUUCGGUGCUGUUGCGAACCGCGAGUGCCAAGGAUACAAAUCCAGCAGUGGCAUCAUACUGUCUGGCGUGUUUGGGAGAGCUCGCUCGAGUCGGAGGGGAAGAGAUCUCCCCGAGCGUUGACAAGAUCAUGGCAUUGAUCAUGGAAAUGCUGGCCGAUCAAACGUCAUCGCUGAAGCGGGAUGCCGCUUUGAAAACUCUCGGACAGGUCGCCUCCAAUACGGGAGCAGUUAUCGAACCUUAUCAGAAGUACCCGCAUCUCCUAGCCAUGCUCAUGCGCUUCCUCAAGACCGAGAAGAGCCAGAACAUACGAAGGGAGACGAUUCGAACCAUGGGAAUGCUCGGGGCUCUAGACCCUUACCGUCACAAACUUCUUCAUGACGAGACGGAUGAGCAAGAUGCUGAUGCGUCGGGAGCUCGUGUCACGGACGUGCAACUGCUCAUGAAUGCGCCUGGCACCGCGCCCGACGAGUUUUAUCAAACCGUCACUAUCAACGCACUUGUCAAUGUGCUCGCAGAUCCGACUUUGACGAAUAAUCAUUGGUCAGCUACGGAGGCGGUCAUGUUGAUAUUUACCACGCAAGGCUUGAAAUGUGUCCCUUACCUCGGUCAAAUCAUACCGGCUUUCCUGGGUGUCGUCCGCUUGGCUCCUCCCAGCUUGCAAGAAACAUAUUUCCAUCAACUCGCGCUGCUGGUUGGCAUCGUCAAAGCACACAUCCGGAAUUAUCUCGGCGUCCUGUUUGACUUGAUUCACGACUUUUGGAAUCCCGACUCUACCCUACAGUUCUCGAUCACUUCUCUGGUGGAAUCGAUAGCCAUUGCUGUGGAAGGCCAAUUCAAGGCGUUCUUGCCAAGACUCCUUCAAGAGAUCUUGAGGACGUUCGAAGGCGACAUCUCUGCUGCCAAGCUCUCUGAUCGCAGGAAACAAAAUCUCUUGAGAAUGAUCAAAGCGUUCUACGUUUUCGGAGCAAGCGUGGAAGAAUACAUGCACUUGAUUCUGCCGGUCAUCGUGAAAUGUUUCGAGCGGACGGACGCUCCCUACGAAUUGCGCUCGACCUCCAUCCAGACCAUCGGUCACCUCUGUCGAAAGGUCAACUUCAGCGAUAACAUCUCGCAGAUCAUUCACCCUUUAGCUAGAGUGUUGGCAGGCGACGAGCCCGAGCUCAAGGUAACCGCCAUGGAUACGCUAUGCGCAAUCGUACUGCAAUUGGGACCGGAUUAUGCAAUCUUCAUCCCUAUGAUCAACAAGGUCUUGUUGUCGCAGAAAGUCACACAUCCGCUGUACGAUUCCCUCACACAGAAGUUGCUCAAUCGUGAAGUCUUGCCGGUAGACAUCGGAUUGCCAGAUCCCGCUUUGGAAUCGGCUGCUAUAGCCACAGUUGCACAGGAACAGAAUCGGAUGGUCGUCAACCAACAGCACCUAAAGGGAGUCUGGAACACGGAUGGAAUAGCCGCCGCCAAUGACUGGAAAGCUUGGUUGAAGCGACUUGGCCUGGAAUUGAUGCGGCAGUCCCCAUCUCAUGCCUUGCGAUCGUGUCACGGUCUGGCAGAGGUCCACUCUCCUUUCGGGCAGGAACUGUUCAAUGUGGCGUUCAUAUCUUGUUGGACAGAGCUAUACGAGCAAUAUCGCGAGGAUCUGGUAAAGCACAUUGAGCUGGCCAUCUCGUCGCCGAACGUGCCGUCGGAGGUGGUAAUCACUCUGCUUACCUUGGCGGAGUUCAUGGAACACGAUGAAAAGCCAUUGCCCAUCGACCCAAAGAUGCUCGGCGACUAUGCCAUGGUCUAUCAUGCAUACGCCAAGGCGUUGCAUUACAAGGAGAUCGAAUUCUUCGCCGAAACAACUGGGCCAAUCAUUGAGGACCUGAUCAGCGUCAACACCAAGUUGCAACAGACUGAUGCAGCUUGGGGAACCUUGAACUUUGCCCAGGAGACCACGCUUUCUUCUCAGCAUCAGGAGGCUUGGUACGAAAAAUUGGGUCGAUGGGACAAAGCUCUGGAUCUUUACAAUCAACGGGACGGUGAAGAUUCCGACGACCCGGAUCCUGACGUAAUCCUAGGCAAACUUCGAUGUCUCCACGCCCUUGGCCAGUGGGAGAACCUGUCUGAUUUCGUUCAAGCGAGGUGGACAAACGCUCCAUAUGAGGAGCGGCGACGUAUGGCACCUAUUGCGGCUGCAGCGGCUUGGUCACUAAACCAGUGGGACUUGAUGGAUGACUACAUAUCCGUCAUGAAGACUGACACGCCAGAUCGGCCAUUCUAUCGCGCCAUCUUGUCGGUGCACCGGAACCAGUAUUCCAAGGCCCUCACCCAGAUCACUCGGACCCGGGAUCUCUUGGACGGAGAGCUGACAUCGUUGUCUAGCGAGAGCUAUGGUCGUGCUUACGAUGUGGUGGUCCGCGUGCAGAUGUUGUCAGAGUUAGAGGAGAUCAUCGCAUACAAACAGUGGCACGAUCAGCCUUCUCGACAAGCUAUACAGCGCAAGGUGUGGAUGAAGCGACUCAAGGGCUGUCAACCAGACGUCGAAGUAUGGCAGCGCAUUCUGCAGGUCCGCACACUGGUCUUGUCUCCUGUAGAAGCGACCGACAUGUGGAUCAAGUUUGUCAAUUUGUGCCGGAAAUCCGACCGCCUCGAUUUGGCUGCGAAAACCCUCAAUUCCCUACUGGGAUCUUCUUCGCUAGGAACCGACGUGGAAGGCGGCAGGGCUCCUCCGAAUAUCCUGUAUGCCUACUACAAAUUCACUUGGGCUAAGGGCGAUAGAGUGGAGAGCCUAGGCUGGCUGAGAGAGUUCACCGCCAACCUGGUCCGAGACGUCAACUUGACUCAGGUGAAUGGGCGCUUGGUGGCUGCGCACCCCAGCAACGCCGCAUACACGGAGCUGCUAGCAAGAUGUCAUGUCAAGCUCGGCAAGUGGCAAGUCGCCCUGCAAGAUGGCUGGUUCGCGAACAAUCCAACGGAAAUCUUGAACAACUACGCGUAUGCCACCCAGCUCGAUCCCGAUUGGUACAAGGGUUGGCACACUUGGGCUCUGGCCAACUUCGAGGUUAUUACAUACCUCGAGGUACAAAAGACCGUUCUAGCGGCCGACGCAUUUAACGUAUACAUCAAGCCUGCUGUUCAAGCAUUCUUCCGGUCUAUUGCGCUCUCCCGUGGGGACUGGUUACAAGACACCUUACGUCUCUUGACCUUGUGGUUUACGUACGGAUACGAGCAGGGCGUCAAUGACGCUAUUUCCGAAGGCUUCAAGACCGUCAACAUCAACGUAUGGCUAAACGUGCUGCCACAGAUUAUCGCCCGUUUGCACACGCCGCGAGAAAAGGUUCGAAGGCUAAUCCAGGAGCUGUUGCUCAGUGUCGGAAAAGCACAUCCUCAAGCUCUGAUCUAUCCGCUGACUGUAGCUUCAAAGUCUCAAGUCGUCCACCGGAGAGACAACGCCUUGCAAAUCAUGGCAAAGAUGCGCGACCACAGCGCGACUCUGGUCGAUCAGGCGACUCUUGUUAGUACGGAACUUAUACGUACCGCUAUCCUGUGGCACGAGCAAUGGCAAGAGGGUUUAGAAGAAGCUUCAAAACACUACUUCGGUGACCAUAACCCAGAGGGGAUGUUUGGCGUUCUGGAGCCGCUGCAUGAGAUGGUCGCCAGAGGGCCCGAAACCUUGCGAGAAACCUCUUUCGUGCAGAGUUUCGGACACGAUCUGCAAGCGGCUCGCGAGCACUGUAGACGGUUCCGAAUGUCCGGAGAAGUGUCCGAAUUGAACCAGGCAUGGGAUAUUUACUACUUGGUCUUCAAACGCUUAUCGAAGCAACUAGCGACUUUGCCUUCGAUCGAGCUACAAUACGUCUCGCCCAAGCUCCUCAAGGUCCGCGACCUCGAGCUCGCUAUUCCAGGAACGUAUCAACCAGGGAAGCCGAUCGUUACAAUAUCUUAUGUACUGCCGACAUUCGCUGUGAUCGGCUCCAAGCAACGACCUCGGCGGUUCAGCAUGAAGGGCUCGGAUGGCAAGGAACACCAAUAUCUGCUGAAGGGUCACGAGGACUUGAGGCAAGACGAGAGGGUUAUGCAGCUCUUUGGAUUGGUCAACACGCUUUUGUCUGUCGACCCGGAGAGUUUCAAGAGGCACUUGCAUAUCCAGCAAUACGCGGUCAUUCCUCUUUCCCCCAACUCCGGGCUGCUCGGAUGGGUGCCGCAUAGUGACACCCUUCACGUGCUGAUCAAGGAUUACAGAGACAACCGCAAGAUCCUCUUGAACAUCGAGCACAGACUAAUGACUCAAAUGGCGCCAGACUACGAUUGUUUGCCGUUAGUCCACAAGGUCGAAGUGUUUGAACACGCCCUCGACAACACUACCGGGCAAGAUCUAUACCGCGUAUUGUGGCUCAAGAGCAAGAAUUCCGAGUCAUGGCUGGAGCGAAGAACCACGUAUACGAGGUCACUGGCAACGAACAGUAUGGUCGGCUACAUUCUAGGACUUGGGGAUCGACAUCCUUCCAACUUGAUGCUUGACCAAAUCAGCGGAAAGGUCAUUCAUAUUGAUUUUGGGGAUUGCUUUGAAGUCGCCAUGCAACGUGAUAAAUUCCCCGAAAAGAUCCCCUUCCGUCUGACGCGAAUGCUGGUCAACGCAAUGGAAGUUAGCGGUAUACACGGAAGCUACAAGAAGAGCUGUGAGGUAACGAUGGAUGUUCUUCGGGACAACAAGGAUUCUUUGAUGGCAGUGCUCGAAGCGUUCGUCUACGAUCCUCUGAUCGCAUGGCGUUUGAUCGCUAACGCCACAAAGGACGCCGAGCGGGAACCUGAACCAGCUCAAGAUGGUCGAGGAUAUCCGGGACAACGCAAAACCAAGGCAGACGAAGCCCAGAUCAUAGAUGGCGAACACCCCGAGGUCAAGAACAGCAAGGCGUUGGCGGUUAUUGAGCGCGUGAAAAACAAGCUGACUGGUCGAGAUUUCAAGACGACCGUCGUAUUACCGGUACAGGAUCAAGUACAGCUGUUGAUCGCCGAAGCAACGUCAUUGGAAAACCUCUGCCAAUGUUUCAUCGGAUGGUGUGCCUUUUGGUAACGAUCGCAUUCUCUCACGAACAUCUUUACGACCGGGUUUGCUUUGAAGUCCAAGGAUCUCGCCCAUCUUUUGCCGCGAUAUUGUAUCUGCAUAAUUCCAUAUUGUUGUAAUGAUCUAGUUGAAGGGAACAAACGCAAAGAAGAUGAAUCUCUUAAACCAGCAGGCGGUUGAUGCUAUUCUAUGUGGUAAAUACUUCCGCGAGAGUAUCCGGAAGUAGAUCGCCACAUUGUAAAUACGAUCACC